AUGACAAAUUGUUUAAUGUUGCUCGUUACGGUGAUUUCUUGCUCCACAGUGUGGUCACUUGAAACGUUGGAAACUACAACCGAGGAUCACACAAAUUCCAAUAGCUCAGAAACACAAACAAGACUUUUGUACAGUCGGUCACCGCCAGUAAAAUGCAUGAGACUAUUUAGCUUCUACAAAAACAGGGAUUAUUGGAUCGAUUUAUGUGACAGUAAUCCAUCACUUUCACCAUUUCUCAAGAAGUAUACAAGAGCAGUUUGUUCACCACGCUCCACCAGAUUCGAUAACAUUAAAUACUGGGUGUUAUAUUCGCAAGUGAUGUUUCGUGGUCGAUAUAUACUAGUUCAACCAGAUACAUGUGUUACAGUCAUUCGUCGAGGUGGACUACGAUCAGUUGGAUCCAUAAUGAAGUGUUUAACAUGGCCUAGAAACAGUGUUCAUUCACCUUGUAAUAUACCACGAGAGUCAACGAGGAUGUCUGAUGAAAGUGGGGAAAAUAUUGUUGAUGCACUGAAUCAGGAGUGGAAUUCUGGGGACGAAACACCUAAUGAAUUUGACCCAGGUUCAUCAGAGAAAGACAGUGAAAAU